UUUACUGAAAUUUUUGUAUUAGUCAUCCAACCUUUGAGUUGUUCGUUACGUUGCUACUAAACUAAAUCGAAAAAAUGUCCGGACGUGGAAAAGGAGGCAAAGUCAAGGGAAAGUCAAAGACUCGUUCCAACAGAGCUGGACUUCAAUUCCCAGUUGGUCGUAUCCAUCGUCUCUUGCGCAAGGGAAACUACGCUGAGCGAGUUGGUGCUGGAGCUCCAGUCUACCUCGCAGCAGUAAUGGAAUACUUGGCUGCCGAAGUUUUGGAGUUGGCAGGAAAUGCCGCUCGCGACAACAAGAAGACCAGAAUCAUCCCCCGUCAUCUCCAACUUGCCAUCAGGAAUGACGAGGAAUUGAACAAACUUCUUUCUGGAGUCACCAUCGCUCAGGGUGGUGUUCUUCCCAACAUCCAGGCUGUUCUUUUGCCCAAGAAGACCGAAAAGAAAGCUUAAAUUUCUACCCACAUCCUCUCUAAAACAAUCGGCCCUUUUCAGGGCCAUCAAA